GUUCACUUUGAUGGGGUGUUGGAUGAAGACACCGUGGCUGAGGGGCUCCACAAGCUGGGGCGCUCAGCCCCUGGCACUGAAUAUGUUUAUCUUAAUCUCUCUCUUUCAGGUCGUGAGUUAUGGGAUGUUAACAUUCUCUCCAGAUACAUUCACCUACAGAAGCUGGAGCUUUCAGAUAAUAAAAUUAAUGAUCUUUCUUGUGUCAGCCACAUGCCUUACUUACUAGAACUGAAUGCUUCCAACAAUGAAUUGACUACAUAUUUUGGGUUUAAACCACCUAAAAAUCUCAAGGAAGUGGAUUUUUCAUACAACCAAAUCCCUAAAAUGCAAAAUUUGUCAGCAUACCAGUCACUGACUAAACUCCUGCUGGAUUGUAAUAACAUAGAGGAGAUCAGAGGCCUGGAGAAGUGUCACAGUCUGACUCAUCUUAGUUUGUCACACAACAGACUCACUGCAAUCACUGGACUUCAGAACUUGCCUAUCAGAACACUCAAUCUGAGCUCUAACCAGAUUGAGAAGGUGACUGGGUUGGAGAGCUUGAAAAGUCUACAGAAGCUGGACCUGUCUAGAAAUAAAAUAACUAGUCUAGAAGGCCUGCAGGAACAUGAUCUCCUAGAGAUGAUCAACCUAGAGGAUAACCAGAUCGCUGAGCUGCGUGAACUUGAGUGGAUUGAAGAUCUGCCUCUCCUCAGAGUUUUGAAUCUUUUAAAAAACCCUCUCCAGGAACAAGCAGAUUAUUGGCUCAUGGUGAUUUUCAUGUUGCUCCAACUAACAGAACUGGAUCUGAAGAAGAUUUCAGUGGAGGAGAAGGUCGCUGCUGUGAAUCAAUAUGAUCCUCCUCCAGAAGUCGUUGCUGCUAAAGAUCAUAGGACUCAUGUUAUGUACAGCAUGCUGCAGCCCCAGAGAAUUUGGGACAGCACUUUACCUGGUCUUGACACUCCCUACCCCAUGCUGGUGUUGGUUGGCCCUGUAGCCUGUGGGAAGAGAGAGCUCACUCAUAAGAUCUGCAGACAGUUCAACAAUUUCUUCAGAUAUGGUCCCUGUCACACUACCAGGGCAGCUUACUUUGGUGAAGAAAACAGACUUGAUUAUUAUUUCAUUUCUCAAGAAGCCUUUGACAAGAUGGUGAACACAGGCAAGUUUAUAGCAACCUAUCAAUACAGUGGCUACUACUAUGGACUUGGGAGAGACAUUGUAGAAUCAAUUGCCAGAGAGGGUCUUGCAGCCUGUGUUCACUUAGAAGUUGAGGGUGUUCGUAGCUUGAAAAAAACCUCCUUUAAACCCAGAUAUAUCCUCUUGGUACCCAUGAACAAAGAAAACUAUGAGGGACAUCUGAGGAGGACAGGAUUUGUCAGCAGGCCAGAGAUUGAAGAAGCAGUCUCCAGAGUGGACAUGUAUGUCCACAUGAGUCAGGAGCUCCCAGGAUACUUUGAUGCAGUCGUCAACACAGAUGAACUGGAUGAGGCCUUCACAGAGCUGAGCUUCCUCAUAAAGGCAUACCUGGGUUUGGAGCCACCUCAGGCUGCUGAGGGCAUCCAGGAUGUGACCAGCAGAGCAGGAGCAGGUUCCAGAACAAGGUUCUUGCAAGAGCAGAGACUGUCACCCCGAGGAGAAAUUACUGCAACACCUUGGCCCUCAUCUGUCAGUGAGUUCUUGGACACUUCUGCCAAAAACUAUCCAGGAGGCAUCUCAGAGAAACUUGCUGCACACAUACUCUCUGUG